AUAUCUAUGCGUUUAAAGCUUCCUACAGACUACAGAGCAGCAGCGGAGGAUGGGCCGAGUUAAAUGAAUGAGAUGCGGGCUGAUAGAGACCAGACAGGCGGAUGAAGAUAAGAGGAUGAACCGGCCGAUGGAGCAUCAGGAUCAUAAUUUGAAUCCUGGUUUAACGCUUGGCUAAAUUACGUGAACAAUUAAGUGAAUCAUAAAUUAAAUUGGCUGGUUGCACACACAUUAGCCCUAUACAUUCCUCGGUUAACAUCGACGUCGGUGAAGCCGAGCUGUCUUGGAGGAUGUUAAAGACUGGAAUAUGCACCAAGUGUUUUCUGUCUGAGAUGAAGCUUUCUCUUGAAAGAAGAUGUCCUCCAUCGCAAAGCGGCGUUAAAGGUCUGGAUUUGCGGCAGUUAAACAACUCCGAUAACGUUACCACACUUGAAGGUUGAAGGAAUUUGAUUUAAUGGCACAGCGGACUGCUGCAAGAACGAGCCAACGACUAAAAGUGGGAUUUAUGAACACUCGGUUUAUUGAGUCUUUUUGUUAGUCUCUUUCGACAUUUUCUAUUUGCAUUUAAAAAGGCAACUUCAGAAGCUUCAUUUGGUUAUAAAUCACACUGCCUUUCCUGUCAGUGUUGCCCCGAGUUUAGCUCCGCAAUCCUCCUUUGUGAGUUUUAUUUAGCCAAGGGGUUGCAACUACUAUAGUUGGCGUCAGUGCUGCUUCUUCGUUCACCAUGCAUGCACAGACACGUUUACUUGGAUGAAAUCACCAAACAAAAAUGUACCAGAGGGCACUACAACAACACCAAGCCCAUGUCUGGACUGAGAAGAGCACCGUGGCUCCGCUGCCCGUGAAGCCACAACAACCACAGCGGCUUUAGUUGGACACCGAGAGGGGAUCAAAAAAACUAGCCUCCAGGCUGUUCACACCGCCCUCAAGAGACCACCGAGAGGAUCAUUUUCGACUCAACUGAAGCCAGCAAAAGCCAGCAAAAAUGGGAGAGCAGCCCAUCUUCAGUACCCGGGCCCACGUCUUCCAGAUUGACCCAAACACCAAGAAGAAUUGGGUUCCCACCAGCAAGCAUGCUGUCACCGUCUCCUACUUCUUCGACUGUACCAGGAACGUAUAUCGAAUCAUCAGUCUGGAUGGAUCUAAGGCCAUUAUCAACAGCACCAUCACCCCCAACAUGACGUUCACCAAGACGUCGCAGAAGUUUGGCCAGUGGGCCGACAGCCGGGCGAACACCGUCUACGGCCUCGGCUUCUCAUCUGAGAGCAACCUGGCCAAGUUUGCAGAAAAGUUUGCGGAGUUCAAAGAGGCAGCACGGAUAGCAAAGGAGAAGUCUCAGGAGAAGAUGGAGCUCACCAGCACUCCCUCUCAGGAGUCGGCCCCUGGCGAUCUGCAGUCACCGUUGACCUCGGAGAGCAUCAACGGUACAGAGGAGAGAGUCACACCAGACACCACGCAGCACACCGAACCCAGAGCAGAGCCUUCCCAGAAUGCACUGCCCUUCUCACACAGUUCGUCAAACAUCAAUAAGCACUGGGAGGCAGAGCUGGAGGCACUUAAAGGGAACAACGCCAAGCUGACGGCGGCUCUGCUCGAGUCCACGGCCAACGUCAAACAGUGGAAACAACAGCUGGGGGCCUAUCAGGAAGAAGCCGAGAGGCUGCACAAACGGGUGACUGAGCUGGAGUGUGUGAGCGGCCAAACAACGGUGAUUAAAUCCCAAAAGACCGAACUCAACCAAACGAUAGAAGAGCUGGAGUCGGCUUUGAAGGCCAAGGAGGAGGAGUUGGAGAGACUUAAAGCAGAGGUGGAGAGUGCCAACGACUUUCAGUCUCAAAAAGACUCCCUUACACAGAAACUACAGGACAUGGAGUCGAGGAACCAGACGCUGGAGGCCCAGCUGAGCGAUCUGGAGCAGCGUCUGGAGAGCAACCAGCAGGAGAGGGAAGCCUUUCGCAACAGCCUGCGCUCGCUGCUGGAGCUGCUGGACGGAAAGCUCUUUGAGCUGACGGAGCUGCGGGACACGCUGGGGAAGCUCCUGGAGAACAGCUAGAGAGGCCAACACGUCGUCGCCAACGUCCCCACGGAGGAGAAACCACCUGCAUGUGUUGGCAUUCACGUCGUCACUGACAUGUAACUUGAAAAUUAGUUUGUUUUUUUUCCCCCCUCACAUGUAUACGAUACGUGUAAAAGUUUACACACGACUUUAUGCAUUAACGGUACACGCUUGUUUUGCUACGUCAGAUCGGUACACGUUUACAAACGAGCCAAGUAAAAGAGGCUUUGCUUGGACCAUGCCUUCCCUCCGCUCUGGAAUAUUCUGAACACAAAAAACUCCGAAUGAAUCCGUUUUGUUUGUUACUUGAAUAUCGUUUGCGGGGGGACAUUCUGGUUUUUGCUCCUUCAAUCAUGCAGACUUUUAUUAAUUAAAGACUAUUCUUCUUUUUGCGAGAUUCGCUUUGGUGCAUUCUGCAGUCGCCUGGAGCCGAUAAUCUUUUUUGUUUUUCUUUUCAUCGUCAGCCAAAUGAACAUUUGGGAGUCAGAUGAGAAGGACUCCUUUUUAGUUAUUCGAACUCUGGAAGGUGACCGGGCGCUUCGAAUGUCUUGAAGAGACAAAUGUUCCUCCUGUGACUGAAAUUCACAGAGGGACUGUGCAAAAAAAAAUUUAAAAAACACAUCAGCCGGGGAGAACUUUGUCUUAUAUUCUUAUACAAUAUAUGAGCAAUACAAAAAAGGGAGCAUCAGAGGGUAAAUAAACACUUUCCACUCACUUUCAGGUAAUUUUACUCCUCUCUCGGAUAAGUUUAGACCACAAGCAAGAUUUUAUUCACUUUCUUUCUAUACACUUUUUUUAAAAGACUAUAAACAAAUUCAUAGUGCACUUGUAAAAAUGGGGUUUGUGUGUUUGGGUGAAUCUUUCUUUUCUCCUCUUGCUUCUGUUGCAACUUGAAGUGCAAUGACUGAAUCCUUUUUGUUGUUAAUUUAUUACUAACUGUUACUGAAGAUAAAAGUUGUACAAAAACAAAGAUCUUUAUUUACAUCUCGUUUUUCACUUAAUCUUUUUUUUUUUUUUAUUGUCUGGUACGUGGGUGUCAGGUAGUUUUUGUAUGUGUGUGGAAAAACUGGCAAUAUUUUUGAACUAUUUAUGAAAAUGAAA